GCGUUUAAGUGACGCAUGAGUCAGGUGGCGCUUCAUAUAACCGAAGGGAUGUGGUCGGAUGCUGAGGAGAGGAGAGCAAGCUGCGUGUGCGCUGCGACAGCACGAGAGAUGCGAUACACCCACAAUUAUCAUCUCAACUAGUUAGCCUACAGAGGAUGCAGUCCCAUCUGAAGCCCUGCGCUGCUGCAGCGCUGGUGCUGCUCGCAUGCCUGCUGCACAGGUGCAGGGUUCAGGCCGCUGUCCUGCGACAGCACCAGCCCUGGGGGGGCGAUUCGGACAGGAGGCCAGCCCACACCCCCCUUCUGCCCAGCGCGGAAAUGGCCAAGGCUCUGGAGUACAUCGAGAGCCUGCAGGAACGAGACCGGCCGGACUACGAUGACAACGGGGAGCGUUUCCGCCCGCGGUGGGGGCAGGAGGCUGAGGGACAGGGCGGGGCCGCCCCCCGGGAGGACCACGUGUCCCAGCAGCUGCUGAAGACCCUGCUGAGCACCCUGCAGGGGGCCAGCGAGGACCCCAAACCCGCUGCCGCCACCAAAAACGGGGACGACAUCCGCAAGAACACUGAAGCAGGGGAUUAUGGGGGAUAUCCUUUUCCUAAGCACAGCAAGCAGCACAAGAAGUAUCCACUGAUGUUUGAGGAAGAAGACUCGAGGGAGAGCCCCUACAAGCGCACCAAUGAGAACGUGGAGCCACAGUACACUCCUCAGAGCCUGGCCACCCUGCAGUCCGUCUUCCAGGACCUGGGGAAACUGUCCACCCCCCAGGAGUACAAACGGCACCAAGCCCAAGAGCUGUACCGGGGUGACCGCGACCUUUUCCCCUUCAGCGACCUGGCGUACGCGGACGUGCUGGGGGGAGGGGACUGGACCCCCAUGGAGGAGAAGGUGGAGACAGAGGAAGAGAUCAAAGACAGCCGAGAGGAAUUCGACAAGGGUUUGGACAGCAGUGAGGACGAUGAUGACGAUGAUGAUGAUGAUGAUGGUGAUGAUGGCGAUGAUGAAAAUGAUGUGAAGCGAUCCAGCCAGCCACCCAAGUACAGGGGAAAGGAUGACCCAGAAGAUUUCACCAAGCUGGUGGAUUACUACCUCCUGAAAGUCCUGGAGAAGACUGAAGAAUCGGAGCAGAAGAGGGAGGAAGAGGAUGCUGAGAGGCGCUCAGUCCAGCCCUCGUAUGACGUGGACCCCCAGGCUGUGUACCAGCUGAUCAAGAUCUCACAGAAGCUGCAGAUCCCCCCCGAGGACCUGGUGGAGAUGCUACAGAGCAGAGAGAUGAGAAAGCAGAAGAAGCUGAGGGUGCCAGAGGAGGAGACGGAUGACCUGGAGCGAGUGGAGGAGAAGCUCAUGCACAUCUCAACGUACAGCAAAGACCACGGCCCCAUCACCAAGUACUACAGCCGAAGGCUGCCCGAGGCACUCGCUAACAACUUAAAGAUUCUGCACAUUCUGGGGAUGGAAACCAGGGGCAGCCAGAGAGGAAAAGCUCUUCAGCAGCAAAGGAACCCCAAGAGCACGCACACGAGGUACUACGCUCACAGCGGGAGGCACGGGAACCACGUCCUUCCUGCUCCGAGUAUUUCUGAUCACAGAGAAGGCGAUUACGAUGAUGCAGUUGAUGAGGAUAAGCUAGCCACUUACCUAGCAGCCAAGAUGCUAGCUCAGUACCCCAAAGCAAUGAGCAAAGUGGAGCUGAAACGUGCCCCCCAGCCCCCACCCCAGGACGAGGCCUUCGGGCCCUUUGAGCAGGCAGUGCUGGAUUACUUUGAGCAGUUAGCCAGUGAGAAGGGCUCCCGACCCAAAAGGAUCCCCGAACCCGAGGGCACGGGCGACUCGCCCCAAACACAGCGCCUAGAUGACGAAACGCUGAUGAGAAUGCUGGAGUACCUGAACCCAGAGACCAGUGAGAGCGAGGAGAGAGACCUUUACGGACAAAACACUGGCGGAAUGUAGCGGGCGGGGCUGGUGAUGUAUAUCAUUUUGAUGAAUAAACAAAAAAAACCUAAAAAAAAUGUUGCAGAACAAAAGGAAUGCAACCUUCCUUUUAGCUACAGUAAAAAUCUGAGUGUAAUUUGGUGUUCUGGGGAGUUUAUUUGUUGUGGUUUCUGAUUUGUGGAAUAGUAGGUGUUUAAUAGUUACAGCUGCAGGUGUCUAAAGAACACCUUUAACUCAGCAUAUGAGAAGAUCCUCACCUGUGAUAAACCUUAAUACCACAGCCGAAUCAGUGUUGGAUAUUGUGUUUUUCUUCAGAUGAUACUUGGUGAGUGUAUUGCAUAAUGUGUAAAGUAUACGAGAUUAAUAAAGCAUCAACUGGUACUUUC